GUAACCACGUGGGUGUAAACAAACCGCUGGAGCCGCGGUUCGUGUGUUUUGGGCGCUUUUCCCGCCGCAGAUGGAGAUUUUCGGGAGCACGUUUGACGACUCGGUGUUUUCGGAGUCCAGAGAUCGAGCGAGUGUCUCGGUUUCCUCCUACAGCCCCAAACUCUGCGAAUCCGAGUGGUUUUGUCAGAGUGAAGCUCUCGACACCGACGAUUCUCUGGAGAAACAGAAAGUCUACAAGUUCAGAGGGGAUCUGGCUGUGAGACGAGGAGACUAUCAGAAAGCUCUGGACGCCUACAGCAGCUGCCUGCAGUGGAUCGCCGACAACAACCUGACCAUCCGGCGAGACGUGCUGGAGGGGAUGGCCCGGUGCUGCACCAGGCUGGGGCAGAGGGAGCGAGCUCUGCACCUCACCGAGCUGCUGAGCAAAGAAGCCUCCAACACCUGUCACCUGACCAGCCUGCUGCUGCUGAAGGUCAGCAUCUUCCAGCACUUCGGAGCCGUGGAGUCCAGCGUGUGUGUUCUGCAGCAGCUGUGCAGCCUGCUGCCCUUUAACCCCUGGCACUGGCUCAGUCUGGGUCAGACCUGCGAGCAGCUGCUGGGGCGCCACAGGAGCGCAGGAUCACCAGGAGCAGCGGAGGAGCAGGAGGCUGGGCAGGUGGAGGAGGAGGAAGAGGAGGAAGAGGAGUUCAGCCAGGACAGAAUCUGGCUCAAGGCGUGUGCCUGUUUCAUCAGGACGAGGCUCCUGCUGAGGAUCCUCCAGCAGCAGCAGUCGUCCUUCGUGCUGCGGCGCAGUGAGAGCGCCCUGCAGCUGAUGGAGGAGGCGCUGCGGCGGCUGCAGCCCGGUGAGCCCCGCCUGCAGGCGCUCACAGAGGUGAUGUCCGAGGACCUGGUCCCGGAGAAGAUGAGGGAGGACUACCAGGACGGGGAGAGUCUGAGCAGCGUGAGCCUGCAGAGCUUCAGGGAGCGCUGGUGGGACAAGGUGUUACUGAGAGGACGGGGAGCGUCCCAGGGGACGGGGACGGACACGGAGACGUGAGAGGAGGCGGUGUGAAGCAGAACUGGGACUCAUGGAAAGUUACCAGAAGGUUUCAGAUUGUCUGGAGGACGGCUGUGAACGUCGACAGGCUGAAAACCAGACGGAGUCCUGAAGACUCGGCGAUCCUCCUCACACCGUCAGCCGAUCACUGUGGGACGGUCAAACCUCUGUGACUUUUUAAAAGUGAAUAAAAUGCUAUCUCAUGAAGUUUAAUAGUGUAAAUCACUCAAAAAAUCACUUUGUGUGAGGAGUGUCUGUUUUUAAUUUGCAAAGAAAGACGUUUUUUAAAAGAAGCACGAUGAAAAGCCACAGGGGAGCCAUGAAUGUUGUUACAACAUGGUUUAAAACAUAAAUGUAACAGUUUCAGACUUUUUCUGUAGGCGACUGUCAGUGCAACAGGACUAAACUGUGUCUGUGUGAUACGUUUAAAGUGCAGGUUCAUCACAGUUUCCUCUUGCUCUGGUAUUUCCCCAUAUAUUCAGUGAUUAGAAUGAACUUGUUACGGUUAGAACGCUGUCAGACAUGUUCUGCCUGAACUCUGUUGUGCCUUUUGCUUUUUAUUUAAUAUUUUAAUGUUGCUCAUGUUGGUUUUGAAAAGAAUAAAUGAAAUGUGAAAUGUUGAAAUGUUUGGCUGUAUUUCAUGAAGAGAAGCAGGUUUAAAGUUACUUUGAGAUGAUUACACAGUGGAAAGUGUGACUUCAGCUCCACCAUACUCCACUUUGUAUCGUCUCUGCUUCAUUCAGACGGUGGUGAUGGAGAGCUGAAAGCGACCCACGGUCAACACACCUCAUUUACACUGAAUUAUCACUUAAAAGAUCAAAUUAUAUUUAUUAUUUUGAUUGAAACCAAUUGAACUCAUUGACGAGAGGCUCUUUUAUCAGGAUGUUGAAAAUUAUGGAUUUUUAAUGUGAUUAAAAAAACUGC